GCAGUGCUUUCUUACAGCUGUUGAUGUUUUUUGUCGGAAGCUGUAUACCAGCUGUCGGAUAAAGAAGUCGGACAUUUUAUUCCCCUGUAUCUUAAAGAUAUUCGAAGAUGUCCAGUACCAAGUCAAAAAAGAAGCACCGGGCUCGGACCCAACGGGCCACGUCCAAUAUUUUUGCUAUGUUUAAUCAGGCACAGAUUCAGGAAUUCAAGGAAGCCUUUAACAUGAUCGACCAGAACCGUGAUGGCUACAUCGACAAGGAAGACCUACUGGAAAUGAUGACGUCACUGGGAAAAGACCCGUCUAACGAGUAUCUGGAGAAGAUGAUCACAGAAGCACCGGGACCAAUCAACUUCACCAUGUUUCUUACUCUGUUCGGGGAGAAACUCACAGGAACUGACCCAGAGGACGUCAUACAGAACGCCUUUGCUUGCUUUGACAUCAACGAUUCAGGUUUGAUACAAGAAGAUUAUCUGAAGGAAUGUCUAAUGACAAUGGGUGAACGCUGGACAGAUGAUAUGGUGGAAGAUUUAUUUCAUGGAGCUCCCAUACAAAAAGGCCUCUUUGACUACAAAGAAUUUACACGCAUGCUCAAACAUGGAUCACGUGAUAAAGAAGAUGACCAGGUGCCUUCUCUACCCCCAGAGGAGUUAGCAUUCAAUCCUAAUGCUCCAAAAUAGUGUCGAUCAGGGAUUUUUCAACUCAUCUCACCCACAGGCUUUGGACAGAAUUAAUUACACUGAGAGCUGGUUAUACCUCUUGAAAAGAGAACAAAGACACAAUGUUUCAUUGAAAUGUGCCAAUCUAUUUGCAUUCAAUUAAAAAUUUUACAUCAUGUAAA